CGAGCAAAGGUUAUUACUUCAGGACGGAAACAAUGCUGAGGACCCACCCACCACCUCCAGACUCACUUACUCUCUCUGCUGCUCGUCUCUUCCUGGAUCUGAAGUCCGUAUCUGAUAAGGAUCUAGGCAGAUGGGAGUGUCGCGUUUCUGUCGUCACAAUGGAGGUGUGGCCAAAUUGCCUGUGGACUGGAAUAGUCAGAACAAGAUAUUCAAGAAAUGUUCUAAAGAUGAGCUACCCAGGAUACCCUCCUCAGUCUGGUGGAUACCCACCACAGGCAGGGGGCUACCCACCUCAACCAGGUGCAUAUCCACCCCAAGCAGGUGGCUACCCUCCAGCGGCAGGCGGCUACCCUCCAGCGGCAGGCGGCUACCCUCCAGCGGCAGGCGGCUACCCUCCAGCGGCAGGCGGCUACCCCCCACAGGCGGGCGGCUACCCCCCACAGGCGGGCGGCUUCCCCCCACAGGCAGGCGGCUACCCACCCCAGGCAGGCGGCUACCCUCCAGCAGCGGGCGGCUACCCUCCCCAGGCUGGUGGCUACCCUCCUCAGGCUGGAGGAUACCAAUCACAGUCUGGAGCAGGAGGCUAUCCAUCCAUGCCUCCAGCAGGUGGAGGCUGGGGUGCAGCACCAGGCGGCUAUGGAGCGCCAGGAGGGGCUCAGCAGGGAUACCCAGGGGGCCCCGCUCCAGGCCAACCCAUGCCAAAUUACCCCGGAGCCCCUGCGACUAACCCCUCAAUGCCUGGAUAUGGAAGUGGAGUUCCGUCUAACCCUCAGGCACCUGCCAUUUCUAAAGGGUACAGGGGCUCUAUUAAAGACUUUCCAGGGGCUGAUCCACUGAGGGAUGUUGAAGUUCUUCGAAAAGCUAUGAAGGGUUUUGGCACUGACGAAAACGCCAUUAUUGAACUUCUGGGAAGUCGUACCAACAAGCAGAGGGUUCCAAUGGUAGCAGCCUAUAAAACAACUUACGGGAAGGAUUUAUUCCAUGAUCUUAAGUCUGAGCUCACUGGAAACUUUGAGAAACUGGUUCUUGCUAUGAUGAAGAGCCCCACACACUUUGAUGCAUCUGAACUCAGAGAGGCUAUAAAGGGCGCAGGAACUGAUGAAGCUUGUCUGAUUGAGAUUCUUGCAUCACGCUGCAAUGCAGAAAUUUGUGAAAUCACCAGAAUCUACAAAGCUGAGUACGGGAAGAGCCUGGAAGAUGCCAUCACGAGCGACACCUCUGGUCACUUCCGCAGACUCCUGGUCUCUCUCUGUCAGGGAAAUCGUGACGAAAGGGAGACUGUUGAUGUCUCUCUGGCCAAACAGGAUGCUCAGAAACUGUAUGCUGCUGGGGAAAAUAAAGUAGGAACUGAUGAGUCUCAGUUUAAUGCCAUCCUGUGUGCUCGCAGCAAGCCACACCUUCGAGCAGUCUUCCAGGAGUACCAGCAGAUGAGUGGGAGAGACAUUGAGAAGAGUAUCUGCAGAGAAAUGUCUGGCAAUCUGGAGUCUGGCAUGGUGGCUGUGGUGAAAUGCAUCAAGAACACCCCUGUCUACUUUGCAGAAAGGCUCUACAAGGCCAUGCAGGGAGCAGGGACCAAGGACACAACCCUCAUCCGUAUCAUGGUGUCCCGCUCUGAGGUAGAUAUGUUGGACAUCAGACAGGCGUAUUUGAAGACCUAUGGAAAAUCAUUGUACACUCACAUCUCAGCUGAUACCUCCGGGGAUUACAAGAAGCUGCUGUUGAAGCUGUGCGGAGGUAACGACUAAAAGAAAAGGAAGAUAACCCUUCAUAAGGACAAUAUAUAUGUCCACACUGAAACAAUGUUAUAGGACCUUACAUCACCUCUGAUGCAUGCAGUUAGUUAGUUUUCCUAUGACAACAGUAAUUAAUAAUAAUAAUUUCGUGUUCUUUUCAGUUUUUUUUUUUUUUUUUGCUACAGUUUUGUAGAAAAUGAUUGCCAAAUAGUAAAUAUAUAUUAAUGUUUUUUUUAUUUUUAAAGAUGCAGUAGAUAGCUUUGUCAUUAUUGGGUAAAACGUGGGUGCCUGAAAAUGUCAUACUUAAUUCAGAAAUUAACUAUACUAUAUAACUAUGCUAACUAUAUUAUAGAAUAGUAUUUAAAAUGUCCAACAAACUGCUAAACUUCAAGUCUUCUUUAGUUUGUAAUUAUCAUUAAAGAAAAGCUAAUUUGGAGGAAUGAUAGUUUCACAAAAUAAGCUAAAGAUGCAGAACAAGAAGUGUCUCAUUUAUCUAAUAUAUUAAAUACAUAUACAAAAAACAUUUAGCACAUUACUUUAUACAUGAAUUGUUUGUGUUACUGAGGUAAAGUUUACCUCACUGCCAAGCAUUUCAACUGUGUACAAGUUAAUAUAUACAAAGUUGUGUGAGGGUAUUAUGCAAGUUUUAGCAAAUGUUGUACAAGUGAAUCUCACACAGAAUAUAUAUGAUCAUUUAAUGCUUGUUUAUUGGUCACAAUUAUAUUCCAGGUAUGUUUUCAAUGUAAGAAUUGAAGAUUUGCAAAAAGCAUCUCCUCUAUUUUUGAAGUAACCAGUAUUUCACUCCUGCUUGCAAGUCUAUGCAAAUGAGAUUUUGACUUUAUAUCAGCUUUACUUUGUUUUGUUCUUGAAAAGUAAACCUUUCCAGUCAUUGUUCAUCAUUUAUAGACAAUGUUGCCUUUUUCCUGAAUGCUGAAAAGCCAAAGCCUAAAGACAGAUCAUGUUGUGCCUUUUGUCAGGGCUGCUGUGUAAACUGUUCAGAGCUAGUCGAUGUUUCACUGUGGUUUAUGUUGCCAACAAUCAAUAAUCAUACUUGUAUGGCUGCAGAAAUGUAAUCCUUGCAUCUCAAUAUUUUGUUUACAAUUUUAUUAGUGUCCUUUACUUUUGUAUGUACGUUUGUAUGUUUUACUGCCAGUAGAGGGCUCUUGGUUCACAUCAAAUGUAGUUUCUUAUGUCUGUGUGAUUGUUUUGCCUGCUGACUUAAAGUUUGGCUUUGAUUUGAA